AUGGCCGGGUCCGGGGGCCAGGCGUCGCCGUCGCCGUCGAGCACCGUCCGGGUGACCAUCAACGGAGGCGGCACCAUCGUGGGCAAGCACCAGCCGGCAUCGGCCGACUACCCCAAGGCGCUGGACCUCUUCUACGGGAUCCCCUACGGCGAGGCGCCGCGGCGGUUCCGGCCGGCGGUCGCGGUGGCUCCGCCGGGUCCAGGGCGGACUCUGCGGGCCGAUGAGGAGGGGCCGACGCAGCCGUUCCCCAUGGCGCCCAGGGGGGCGGCGUCGGAGAGGGAGCUGAGGCUGACGAUUGUGCGGCCGGCGGGCGCGUCGCCUUCACCGCCGUCCUCGACCGGGACCAGCCAGCAGGCCGAGGGGGCGGAAGAGGAGACGCCGCGGCUCCCCGUCAUCGUCUACGUCCACGGCGGGGCCUUCAACUUUGGCCACCCGCUCGAGCGCGACCUGGCCGCCUUUGUGGCGUGGGCGCCGCGCGACGUGCUGGUCGUGGGCAUCGAGUACCGGCUGGGCGCGCUGGGGUUCCUCUCCGCCGGCCAUGGGGAGGAGGCAGAGACGCGCCUGGGCCCCGGGAACCUGGGGCUGUGGGAUCAGAGGCUGGCGCUGGCGUGGGUGGGCGCGUGGGCGGCUGCGUUUGGCGGGCGCGUGCACGACGUGACGCUCAUGGGGGUGAGUGCUGGGGCGCAUUCGGUCGGCCACCACAUGCUCUCGCCCACGCCGGCGCCGCUGCCCAUCCGCAAGGCCAUCCUCGAGUCCGGCUCGCCGACGGCGCGCUCCGUGCUGGCGGCCGCGCACCCGCGACCCCUGGCGCAGCUGGCGUCGCUGCGGGCCCUCGCGCGCGGCCGCCCGCUGUCGCGCCUCCCGCUCGCCGAGCUGCUCGACGCCGCCGUGCUGGUCUGGGCCGAGGACGCGGCGUCGGCGUGCUGGCCGUUCCAGCCCGUCGUCGACGGCGCCGGCGGCUUCAUCCCCGAGGCGCCGGCGAGGCUGUGGAGGCGGCUGCUUGCGCCCGACGAGGGCGAGGAGGGUGGUGGUGGGAAGGCGUCUCCGCGCAGACGUCCGCCGGCCGUCAUCACCGGCUUCUGCUCGCACGAGGGAACCCAGUUCGUGCCCCAGCACGCCGCCACAAACGCCGACUUCCUCGCCUUCUUCCGCACCCUCAUCCCCGCCCUCUCCGCCGCCGACCUCGCCGCCCUCGAGGCCCUGUACCCGGACCCGGCAUCCUCGCCGCAGCUGCGCAACCCGCCCGCCUGGCCGCCGCGCCGCUUCGGCGCCCAGUACCGGCGCCUGCACGAGGCCUACGCCCACUACGCCUACAUCGCGCCGGUGCUGCACACGGCCCACACCCUGGCCCGCGCCGGCGCCCGCGUCCACCUGUACGAGUACGCCGCCGUCGCCAGCACCGGGGCCGCGGGCGACCACGUCGCCGCCGCCGCCCACGGCGACCACGCCCCCGUCGUCGCGCACGACAUGGCCCACCUCGCCGGCCGCCCGGGGCUCGAGGCCGUCGCCCGCGCCGUCAACGCCCGCUGGGCCGCCUUUGCCGCCCAUCCAGAGGGGGAGCUUGAUCCCGACUCGUGGCCUGCCUUUGUCAGCCCCUUUGACGACGACGGGGGGGAGCACCGUGGCAGCAAUGUGGGCAGGCUGCUCGUCUUUGGCCGCGGCAACGACGAGGCCGCGGGUGGCUCCGACCCCGGCGUGCCCGUCCAGACGCGGACGCUGACGCGGCGCGAGAUGGACCAGUGCCGCUUCUGGUGGGACCGCAUGGAGCUGAGCCAGGGCAGGGGCGUCAGGCCAGUCCAGUGA